AUGGGGUCGCAUCCCCGAUGCCUCCCCACGCAUCUCCCAGGUGGCUCUCGCCUUGGUAAUCCAAUCCUCCGGGCUCUGGCCGGCCGGUUAGCUCGAGCUGUGUUUACUCGAUCAGCAAUCAUCAUGGCUGCCGCCAGCUCCCUCCACGACUUCACCGUCAAGGAUGCAAGCGGCAAAGAUGUGGACCUGAGCACCUACAAGGGCAAGGUUCUCCUCAUCGUCAACGUUGCAUCACAGUGUGGCCUGACCAAUUCUAACUACACGGAGCUUACCCAGCUAUACGAGAUGUACAAGGACCAGGGUUUGGAGAUCCUUGCGUUCCCAUGCAACCAGUUCGGUGGGCAAGAGCCUGGCACGAGUGAGGAGAUCGUCCAGUUUGUUUGCACUCGCUUCACGGCUAAGUUUCCAAUUUUUUACAAGGUUGACGUCAACGGCGAAGAUGCUGCGCCCAUCUACAAGUUUCUGAAAUCCAGCAAAACCGGCCCAUUCGGUGAGAACAUCAAGUGGAACUUCGCCAAGUUCUUGGUUGACAAACAGGGGCAUGUCACUGAGCGGUAUGCUCCAACCACUUACCCACUCAGCAUCCAGAAGGACAUCAAGAAGCUGCUUGGGAGUUGUUGA